AGAAAAAGGAAACAAAUUGGAAUCCCAAUUCCCAACUCCGAACUCCCAACUCCCAACAGCAAAGCCAAGCAUGAUCGCAUGGUCGACGUGGAAGAAGAGAAAAAGUAAAAAAAUGUGACGAAGCGUAUUUGUUGUUGUUGUUAUUGGGAAGGAAAGAGAAGCAAGAAUGCAGGAAGGAGUGAGUGUAAAACUAAAACGUGAAUAUUGAAUGAAUAUCUAUCUGCAUAACAAGUGGCGGGAUUCCUGCAUACAAACGGGACCUUCUAGCGGCGAUCCGAUUUCUCCUCUCUCUCUCUCUCUCUCUCUCACGAGAAAGCGCAGAUCCGCCUCCUCCUCCUCCUCCUCCUCGUCAUCCUCGUCCCCCUCCUUCUCUUCAUCAAUGCGUUCCUGAACUUUCCUUUUCCUCUCUCUCUAUCUGUCUCUCCCCCCCUCCUUUUUCUCCAUAAUAUCUACCUACUUUUACACUUUCAUAUAUAGUUAUGUGAUUUUCUAGGAAAAGAUCUAAUAAAUCCCUGUGUUGCGUCUGUUUCCAAAUAUUGCUGCCGAGAUAUAAGGUAUACGCUGCCAUUCAUGGAUACUGGCUUUCUUCCGAAAAACUUGUUUAGGACUCGGAUGUGUGAAUCGCCUGAGACCUGCAUUUGCGCGUUGUUCGAGGUUCAGUAGCAGAGGAGUCCGUAUCGAUUAGAACCCGUUGGUCCAUUAAUCAUGGUAGGAGGAAUGGACAAGAAGAAGUAUCCGAUUGGGCCCGAGCACUACACUCUGUAUGAGGAGGUUGGGAUCGGUGUUAGCGCUUCCGUUCAUCGCGCUCUUUGCGUCCCGCUCAACGAGAUCGUCGCGGUCAAAAUUCUCGAUUUUGAACGCCACAAUAGUGAUCUGAGUAGCAUAUCUCGUGAAGCCCAAACCAUGGUCCUGAUUGAUUACCCCAGUGUUCUCAAGUCACACUGCUCUUUUGUUAGUGACCAUAAUCUAUGGGUUGUCAUGCCAUACAUGGAUGGGGGUUCUUGUCUCCACAUAUUGAAGGCUGCUUAUCCUGAUGGUUUUGAGGAGGUUGUCAUUGCGACAAUACUGAAGGAGGUAUUGAAGGGAUUGGAAUAUCUUCACCAUCAUGGACACAUUCAUCGAGAUGUCAAGGCUGGAAAUGUUCUCAUUGAUGCACGUGGAAGGGUUAAGCUUGGAGAUUUUGGUGUGUCUGCUUGCUUGUUUGAUUCAGGGGAUAGGCAACGCACAAGGAAUACAUUUGUGGGUACACCAUGCUGGAUGGCACCUGAGGUUAUGGCUCAAUUGCAUGGUUAUGACUUCAAGGCUGACAUCUGGUCUUUUGGCAUUACUGCUUUAGAGCUGGCCCAUGGACAUGCUCCUUUUUCGAAGUAUCCCCCAAUGAAGGUUUUACUCAUGACCUUGCAAAAUGCGCCUCCUGGCCUUGAUUAUGAGAGAGACGGGAAAUUCUCUAAGUCCUUCAAGCAGAUGAUUGCUAGUUGCUUGGUAAAAGAUCCUUCAAAACGGCCUUCUGCAAAAAAAUUGUUAAAGCAUUCCUUUUUCAAGCAAGCUAGAUCCAAUGAUUACAUUGCUCGAACACUUCUGGAGGGGCUUCCUGCUCUUGGUGAUCGUGUGAAAGCCUUGAAGAUAAAAGAAGAAGAUAUGCUUGCACAAAAGAAAAUACCAGAUGGUCAGAAAGAGGAAAUAUCUCAGAAUGAAUAUAAACGAGGAAUUAGUGGUUGGAAUUUCAAUCUUGACGACAUGAAGGCUCAGGCUUCCUUGAUUCAGGAUGAAGACACUCUUUAUGAAAAAGAUCUUGGUGGAAGUUCGGUUACAUCUCCUGGAAUUGAACAAGAAAAAAAAUUUCAGCAUCAGUUGUCUUCAGCUAGCCACUCUUCACAGGAGGAUAAUGAUCUGAUGCAUAACCAAGCAUGCAUUCUGUCUGUGGACUCAGCAAUGAAUGAAAAUUUAAUCAAGUGUGAGAAAUCUGAUGAUGAUGCAAGCAUUGCUAGUUCAACCUAUGAACUCCAAGUUUCGCAAAAUUCUUCUCUCCAUCUUGAGGAUAACGUUCGAAAUAGCUUGGCCGGAAGACCAGUCACGGAUGUCAUUGGAAGAAAACUUGACGGCAUAGCUGCGCAAGCUAAUCGGAGGAAGGCAGGUUCAUCGGGCAAUAUUACUUUACCAGAUUCUUCUGUUCUCCUUAGUAAAGGACAAAGUGAUAAAUUGCAAACUCAGCUCCAGAACAUCUCAAGUAGCAAUGGAGCUGCUGUUCCACAGGCUGUUGAUGAUGCACCUGCUGAAAUUCUCUCCAAGGCUUCUAGAACUUCAGCAAACAGUGAUGAGGUAGACGAAAAAGUGAAGUCUCCAGUUGUUCAGCAAAAAGGACGCUUCAAAGUUAUGUCUGAGAAUGUUGACUUAGAAAAGGCUGUUCCAGCUCCUUUGCAAAAGAGCCACAGCAUGCAGGUGAUUAGCCAACAUCCUGUCACUGCUCCAUCAACAUCUGAUGCUAGACCUACAAAUCUUAUUGCGCAGUCCCUUUUCCCAACACUGCAGUCUGCUCUGCAGGCAAAUAUUCUUCAAAGGGAGAGUAUAUUGAGCCUCAUGAAGCAAGUCUCUAAUGGUGACUCUACAGUUGAUGGAGGAGGUAUGCCAGUGAAUACAUCUAGUAUGGAGAAACCAUUGCUUGAGGCAGCUUAUGAUAGGGAGAAGGAAUUACUUCACGAAAUAACUGAUUUGCAAUGGAGGCUUAUUUUGACCCAAGAGGAGCUUCAGAAAUAUAAAUCAGAAAAUGCUCAGGCACGAGACAGAUGAGAGAACAGAAUCCUCGACCUCGUUAUGCUGACGAUAAAUGAAACAAAAAAUUUAGAAAUAAAAAGUGAAGCGGCUGGGAGUACGUCAGUGCUUGAAACCUUGUUUCUUGGUAUGCAAAUUGAAAGAAUAUCUCUGAUUUCUAUUCAAGCCCCAAAGAAAUUCGACAUGGGAAAGGAGAGGACAGUGGGUGAGACUACAGUUAUAGUGUCUGGAUCAAGGUAAGGCUAUGAAGACCCUGCCAAAAAUCAUGCAACAGGGACUCCCUAAAUUAAUCUGCGGGCAUUGUGGUACGUUCUCUGUCCUGUCCUACUGGCAUGAAUGUCUUUUUUAAAAUGCUAUCUGUUACGUACGCCAUCUAAAAAUAUGGAAGUUCUGAGAGUUUUUGCUGACAUUUUUCAGUUUCUUCGUGCCCUUUUUUUAUAAUAUCCCAUUGCUCUUCUUCAAAUUCGUUUUUAUCGUGAACAUUAUGUGAUAUACGCUGCUGGCCUUUCAAUUGUUAUGUUGCUGCUUUCAGGCUGUGAGACUCUCCCUAUCGUCUGUGUUGAUGUAAACACAUUAAUAUGUUUCAAUGAACUUUGAUAUAGGCAAAUGUCCUGGGGAAAACAGAGAAACCUCAGGUGUAUUGGUUAUGGUUUUUAUGUUUUUGUUGUUUUGGAGACCAAAAGUAUGAAAAAAAAAAAUGAAAUUUUUAUUUUCAUAUGUUUCAAUUUUUGUCCCAGAAUGAUUUUUGAGAUUAGUGCAAAUUUUUUUUUUAUUGUUUCUUAAAAUUGAGACUAUUUAUGAUCACAACAAUUUCAAGUUAUAAUUGCAAUAGAUGAGUUUGGUUAUAUGAAUUCGAGACUUUCUGCGGUCUCUAUUCAUGAUCAUAAAAAAAGUCAAAAUUAACUAGCAAAAAAAUUAUUUUCGUUUUUCUGGAUUUGUUUGGUAGUAGAACCCGGGAGGUACUUUUUUAAAUCAUAUCCAAACAAACCCUUACAACAGUCUUCCUUGUGUUGGUCAAUUAUUAUAGAAAACGUGAAUUUGUUGGUUCCCGAAUUUGCACUUGAAUGGAGGAAGCUGCCAGCACUCCCAGCAUAUUCCCUUCUAGACAAAAUUAAAAAGGAGUUCGAGCUGUUGUCAUGGCGGAAUAUAAUCCAUUAUAUGAUAGUUUAUUUCAAACCAAAAUGUUAGGGUUUUAACUCAAAAUUAUGAGCAUCAUUGCAGCAACAAUUACAAGCUUAACCCUCCUAGGUGAAUUCUAGACUUUUAAUUUUCAUGAUGUUUGAUCUAUCUGAGCUGUACACUGGUUAACAGCCCAUAACCAUAGCUUUCGUUUACAAAAGUGAAUUUUAGCAAUACCAAAUGGGCACUUAGAAAGGUAUUGCAAUCAGCUUUCACACAACUUAGGUCUUCUAUUUUUCACCUACUCAGUUUCACAUUAAACCACACAUCAGAGAGUAGAUGGAAUACUUAAAACUGGGCUCAGCAAGGUGACCCUUCCAUUAUAUAUCCACUUGAAAUGUUGGUGAUUUCACAAUACCUUAACAAAUAUUUACAAAUGGCCCUUCAAACGGGCAACAAAAGAUACAUCCAUCAUAAUAACAAGAUACUUCCAAACUUCACUGUCAGCUGUAUAAUUUCAAAAAUGGUGAGGCCAUUCAUCCAUGUCUUUUGGUAUUGACUAUAUUGGAGACAAGUCUUAUUACUAAUUAUUGAAGUGGAGGUAGUAGCUUAUAACAUCAACUGAGAUGUGCUGACGGGCGAAGCAUCAUGAUGGUUUCGACCACGUGAGAACUCUCCAGAAAGGCCUGUGCUUGCGCUUGGGAAGGCGGUUUGGCACCAUCUCUGAGUCUGAUCCCCUGAGCAUUUCCCACAUCACCUCCACAUCCUUGUAUCCACAACUCUGUAUAUCGUCGCGGAGCUUUAACAGCCCACCAACUGCCAGAACACAAUAUUAGAUAAGUCAAAUGUGUCCAGACAAUAUGUAGAGGACUGAGCAAUUUCCUAUUUUGCUCCUUUGACGUCCACAACAUGAAAACGUAUGUAGAUGUCUACGAUCAUAUUUGCUUAUGACUUUGCCAAGGUGGGUCGUGAUCAUUUUUGUCGGUAGCAGCUAGGGUUAUUACAACGAUAGCUUCUGAUUGGUUUCAUAAGACAGUAUUUAAUUUAAACCCAUUUUGAUUAUUAUUUCCACUAAGUGGUCCUCUGAAUUGAACUGCUAUUGUUUGGUAGUUAGCAGUGGAAUUAUUGAAUUAAUUAUUAAGGUAAUUGUUCUGCUACUCCUUUUUGUUUGUGAAUGGUCUUGUGCUAGUGGAUGUCACCAUCAUUAGCGUAAUCUUUUUAAGUCGUUCUAAUAGGUUUCCUUUUUUCUUCUUUUCCACUCAGGAAAACGUUAAAGAGAAAUUUAUUAAAUCCUAAUUUAUCCAAAAGGGUUGCUCAACAACAAUAUUACCAACAUUACAAAGGUUCUCUAACCGUAAUUGCCAAAAGAAGUUGAGAAUACCAUAAACACUUCGUCUUCAUCUUCGUACAAGUUGAUAAAUGAAUCAAAGAGAAGUAAUUGUACCAUUUGAAAUGGUUGAUAUAUGUGAAUAAAGUCUUCUUGUCCAUAAAUAGAGACAGAAAUCACUAUUAACUCAUCUUUUUUUGGGGGGCCGAAAGGCUAUUACUAUUUCAUCAACAUCCACUGAUACACAAAGAAAACCUAAAUUACAAGUCCUUAGAAGAAAUAUAAAUUGAAGGAUGAUCCCCUUCUUUAAUCUAGCUGCUGUAGUGUGGGUCUGAAUCAUGGAAGUCAACCUACUGGGUGAUAAGUUUGAUAAGGGAAUGAAGGAAAGGGGAGGAAUUAGGAAAAUUUUCCUUGCUUUUGUUUGAUUAGAAAGAAAUGGCAACUAGGGCAGAUAAACUAAACAGCGACACAUCAAAUCUUAAUCUCAGGAAUAAAGGUAAAGACUACAAUAAAGUGAUAUGAAGAAACUAAAAUAUGUAAAAUUUAAGUAAAGAAACAAGCAAGCAUUUCAGUGAUAUUACUUUCCUCCAAUCCUCCCAAAAUGCUUAAAGAUACUUGGUAACUCUCAUCCUCCUCAAUCCCUCCCUCCGUUCCCUCUAUUCGCCUUUUUCUUUCAAAUCUUUUACUUACCUUCCUAAUCAUUUCAUCUAAGCCAGACAAGGUGAAAGGCACUAAUUCCGAAACUGAUCCAAAUACAAUAAUAGCAAGAACCCCAUCCCAGUGACCAAAAAAAAAAAAAAACGAAGAAAGAAAAUCUCAAAGCUCAUCAUCUACCGUAUCAACUAAAGAGGCAAUAUUAGGAUAACAAUCAGAAAAUCCCUCUUUUUUUUUUUUUUUU